GCAUUCCGCCGGCCCCGCCCCUUCCCACUCUCGGUCCCUUUCUGCUCCCCUGCGGCUGAGAAUCGCGCCCCGCCGCGCAGUGGCCGCGGUCUUUCUCCCCACGAACUGACAGAGGCUCUGCUUGUUCCCAUGGCGACCGGGCGACCUUUCGAGCUGGUGGUCUUCGGGGCCUCGGGCUUCACGGGGCAAUACGUGGUCCAAGAAGUUGCGCGGGUGGCUGCCGAGGAUGAGCUGCGCGGCUCGCUGCGCUGGGCUGUGGCCGGCAGGAACCGAGAGAAGCUGCAGGCUGUGCUCGAGAAAGCGGCCACGAAACUGGGGAAGGCAGAACUGAAGUCAGAAGUUGGCAUAAUACUGUGUGAUGUCAGUGAUCCAUCCUCUCUUGCCAAUAUGGCUAAACAAACUGCUAUUGUUCUGAACUGUGUAGGACCUUACAGGUUUUUUGGGGAGCCUGUGGUAAAAGCUUGUGUUGAGAAUGGUGCAAGUUGUGUCGACAUUAGUGGAGAACCUCAGUUUCUGGAAGGAAUGUAUCUGAAUUACAAUGACAAAGCUGCAGAAAAGGGAGUAUAUAUUGUUGGAAGCUGUGGCUUUGAUUCUAUUCCAGCAGAUAUGGGAGUAUUAUAUACCAGAAACAAUUUGAAAGGUACCUUAACUGCAGUUGAAAGUUUUCUGACUGUAAAGUCUGGCCCAGAGGGUGCUAGUAUUCAUGAUGGGACCUGGAAAUCAGCUAUAUAUGGCCUUGCAGAUCAAGACAAUCUGAAGAAACUUCGAAGGCAAAUAGGACACAAACCCCUUCCAGUGAUUGGAGCAAAACUUAAGAGAAGAGGAGCAGUGUUUUACAGUAAUGAACUCAAACAGUAUUCCAUUCCAUUUAUGGGAUCAGAUGCUUCUGUAGUAAAACGAACUCAACACUAUUUGCACACACAUCUGCAGGAAACACCUGUGCAGUAUGCUGCUUACACCACUGUGGGUGGCAUUGGAUCCGUUAUUAAGCUAAUGUUUGCUGGCCUUUUAUUUUUAAUGCUUGUGAAAUUCAGCUUUGGAAGAAAGCUCCUGAUAAAAUACCCUGAAUUUUUUUCUGGAGGAUAUUUUACAAAGGAAGGACCAACAGAGAAACAGAUGGAAGGAUCAUCCUUUGAAAUGACCUUUUUUGGUGAGGGAUACAUUACUGGCCAAGAUCCAGAGCAGGGGAAACCAGAUGUUAAAAUCUGCACUCAAGUGAGAGGACCAGAGGCUGGCUAUGUUGCUACACCCAUAGCAAUGGUUCAGGCAGCAGUAGCACUUCUGAAGGACAAGAGUUCUCUCCCUAAAAAAGGUGGUGUCUUUUCUCCUGGGGCUGCAUUCUGUAAUACAAAACUUAUUGACAGACUGAACAAGCAUGGAAUUGAGUUUUCUGUUAUUAGCAAGCCUGAAGCCUGAGAAAACAUUCCAAGGAGACAGCAGGUUCAGCAAACCUUUCUAUGAUGUUUGCAUAGAAAAAAGAUCAAUUAAGAAGGGUUGCUAAGUUGAAUACCAUACUUAUGCUUGUUUUUAUAUGCAAUGCAAGCAUCUCUUUCAUAUUGCUGCUUGAAAUGGGAGUAAAGUAGUACUGCAUUUUCACAGCCAGAAAUGUUUAUAAGGGAGUAUUGUAAUACAGCAGUGUUUAAUCUAAUGAAAAGAUUUAGUGCUAGGACCAUAAUUCUUAGGAAAAAAAGGCUUGAAACUAAGAAAGAAUUGUCUAAAAUAACUUGAUAAAAAUUAAGCGCUAGCUAUGGUAAUUAGUAAUCUGUUUCAUUUAAAAAAAUAGUAACUAUGAAAGUAUCACUUUUUGUUUGGAAUUGUGAAAGUUGUUGCUGAUUUUAUUAUAAAACUGUGCCUUAACUGACUGAGUAUUGGAGGUAGGAAAGGACUGUUUUUGAAGCCAGCUUAUGUCCCAAAGGGGCAUAAAGGCUGGCAUCAGUGUUCCAUUCAUUUUGGUUCAGUGUCCAAGGACUCUUUCACAAACAGGCCUCUACCCAGCCAUGCUUAAAGUUGUCAUCUGUACUUACUUCAAAAUAAGCUCUGUAGUCCACUGAGCUUCAAUGGCCAGUGACAUGUAUGUUUGGUCAAAUGAGUCCAAUUAACACCAGUGGAGCACAUUAGGUGGGCUGCUCACAGUGUUUUUUCUACAUCAAAGCUUGGGUUAGUAGCACUUAGGCUGUUUAAAUAGUAGCUUCAUAAACAUAGAUGUGGCUCACAUUUCUUUCCUGUGAGAUAACUUCAGGAUGGGAAAAUAAGGUACUAAUGUCUAAAGAAAACUUUCUAGCUCUUGUAACUUCCUUUUGUUCUUUUUCAAUGUAAUAAAAGAAGAUUGCAAAUCUG